AAACCACCUCUUAAAAAAAAAAAAAAAAAAAAAAAAGAAAAGCAGAACCUAUCGUUCACACUCCUCUCUCUCUCUCUUUCUGGUCUAUUAGAAAUCAAAUCUCCAAUUCUCUCCCUUUAGUUCUCUGCAACUCUUUGUCUUAAAGAAGAAGAAACAAUCUCUGGCUUUCCAUCUCUCUUUCUCUCUCUGAAGGCUGUGGCUCAGUAGCUUAAAGUAUCAAAGGAAAUAAAAAAACCAAUGUUAUUAGCUUUUGUCUCAGACGCCAUGUGACUUCACCGACUCAUUCUUCUCUUCUUCUCCCUCGUGUCGUGCUGCUCCUCUCCUUUGUUUGCUUCUUCUAUACGCAGUUGAGUCGCUUAUUGACUCACCGAGUCAACUCGACUCUGCUUCACGGGAAUGGCCUCAUCCUCCCGUGCUAGGAGCAGCUCCCCAUUCUCUUAUCGGAAAACUUCCACUCCCUACUCUUCUACUUCUUCUACUUCUUCUUACAUCGGCAACAGGUUAGUGCCUCGUUCCUGCUCGUCUUCUGCUUCGUCUCCUUUUUUCAACUCCGGUGGCGGGCGAUCCAUGACGCCCAGUCGGUCGCGUUCUGAUUCAAUGUAUUACGGUCCGCGCGGUUACGGUGGUCGCACUCCCGUCGGGUUUGGGUCUGAGGAACUGAUUCCUGAGCCAGUCGAUGGGCCGAAGAAUGGGGAUAGUAUUUCGGUGACGAUUCGGUUUAGACCGUUGAGCGAGAGAGAGUUCCAGAGAGGGGAUGAGAUCGCUUGGUAUCCGGAUGGAGAUAAGAUCGUUAGGAACGUGUAUAACCCAGCUACGGCUUAUGCAUUUGAUAGAGUAUUUGGACAGCACGCGACUUCUCAAGAGGUAUAUGACGUUGCUGCCAAACCAGUAGUCAAGGCUGCAAUGGAAGGUGUCAACGGAACCGUCUUUGCUUAUGGUGUCACUAGUAGUGGAAAGACACACACUAUGCAUGGAGAUCAAAGUUCUCCUGGUAUCAUACCAUUAGCAAUAAAGGAUGUUUUCAGCAUUAUCCAAGAUACUCCAGGAAGAGAGUUCUUAUUACGUGUUUCUUAUCUUGAAAUUUAUAACGAGGUGAUCAAUGACUUGCUUGAUCCUACCAGCCAAAAUCUGCGUGUUAGAGAAGAUGCACAGGGAACUUAUGUUGAGGGUAUUAAGGAAGAAGUGGUUUUGUCUCCUGGGCAUGCACUUUCUUUCAUUGCUGCUGGAGAAGAGCAUCGUCAUGUUGGUUCGAAUAACUUUAAUCUGUUGAGUAGCAGAAGUCACACCAUAUUUACACUGAUGAUUGAAAGUAGUGACCAUGGUGAUGAGUAUGAUGGAGUGAUCUUCUCUCAACUUAAUUUGAUUGAUCUAGCUGGAUCUGAGAGUUCAAAAACGGAAACAACUGGACUAAGGAGAAAGGAGGGGUCUUACAUAAACAAAAGCCUUCUAACUCUUGGAACUGUGAUUGGAAAGUUGAGUGAAGGGAAGGCAUCCCAUGUUCCUUAUCGAGAUUCGAAACUUACUCGUCUUCUGCAAUCUUCGUUGAGUGGGCAUGGACAUGUUUCUCUUAUUUGUACAGUCACUCCUGCAUCUAGUAAUAUGGAGGAAACACAUAAUACAUUGAAGUUUGCUAGUAGGGCAAAGAGAGUUGAAAUCUAUGCCUCUCGUAAUAAGAUUAUUGAUGAGAAAUCUCUGAUUAAGAAGUAUCAAAGAGAAAUCUCAACUCUCAAGUUGGAACUUGAUCAAUUGAAGAAGGGGAUGAUUGUUGCUGUUAAUCAUGAGGAGAUUUUGAGCUUAAGGCAACAGCUGGAAGAAGGUCAAGUGAAGAUGCAAUCAAGAUUGGAGGAAGAAGAGGAAGCUAAAGCUGCUCUCAUGAGUCGAAUCCAAAGGCUAACCAAGCUUAUACUUGUUUCUACAAAGGAUUCAAUUCCUGGAUUAAUGAGUGAUGGUCCUAGUCAUCAGCGUAGUCACUCUGUUGGAGAGGAUGAUAAUCUGGAUGUUUUGAGGGAUGGUGCUUUACUACUAGAAAAUGAGAAUAUGAAGGACUCUUCAUCCUCUGCUUCUGUGAUUCGGUCAGAUUCAUCUCGUGAAUGUAAACACAGGAGAUCUUCCAGCAAGUGGAGUGAAGAACUCUCACCUGUUUGCAGCAGUUCAAUUACUGAAUCAAGUCAAGCGGGUGAACUUAUAAGUGUUUCAAAACUACCGGCAGGUCAAAUGACACAAGAUCAGAUAGACCUUCUUGUUGAGCAGGUAAAGAUGCUUGCAGGAGAGAUUGCAUUCAGUACUAGUACCCUUAAGCGUCUGGUGGAGCAGUCUGUGAAUGAUCCUGAUAGCUCAAAAACUCAAAUCCAGAACAUGGAACGUGAGAUUCAGGAGAAGAGGAGACAAAUGAGAGUUUUAGAGCAGCGCAUCAUCGAGAGUGGUGAGGCUUCAAUUUCCAAUGCAUCACUGGUUGAUAUGCAGCAGACAGUCACGAGAUUGAUGACCCAAUGUAAUGAGAAGUCUUUUGAGCUGGAGCUAAGGUCAGCAGACAACCGUGUCCUUCAGGAACAACUGCAGACUAAGUGUUCUGAGAACAAAGAAUUGCAAGAAAAAAUAAAGAUCCUGGAGCAGCAGUUGGCUUCACUCUCUUAUGAUAAAACACCACUUACUGCUGACCAUGGUGUGCCUGGGGAAUAUGUUGAUGAAUUGAAAAGAAAAGUUCAGUCACAGGAAAUUGAGAAUGAAAAGCUCAAGAUAGAACAGGUUCAGCUUUCUGAGGAGAAUAGUGGGUUACGGGUGCAAAAUCAAAAACUGGCUGAAGAAGCUUCUUAUGCAAAGGAACUGGCCUCUGCUGCUGCAGUUGAGCUGAAGAACUUGGCUGGUGAAGUGACCAAGCUCUCGUUGCAGAAUGCAAAAUUAGAAAAGGAAUUGUUGGCUGCUCGAGAGUCCAUGCACUCUAGAGGCACUAGCAUGCAAAAUAUUAAUGGUGUUAACCGUAAGUAUAGUGAUGGCAUGAGAUCAGGAAGGAGGGGACGGUUACAUGGCAGAGGAAAUGAAAUUUCAAGUAUGCACUCUGAUGACUUUGACUCUUGGAGCUUUGGUCCAGAAGAUUUAAAGAUGGAGUUGCAAGCAAGGAAACAGCGGGAGGCGGCUCUUGAGACAGCCUUAGCAGAAAAGGAGUUCAUAGAAGAAGAAUACAGGAAAAGGGCUGAAGAGGCAAAGAGAAGGGAGGAGGCACUGGAAAAUGAUUUAGCAAACAUGUGGGUCCUUGUUGCUAAGUUGAAGAAAGAGGGGGGAUCUUCCCCUGAUGUGAGUACUGAUGAGAGGCACAGUGAUGGAAAUGCAAGUGAACCAAAAACUAAUGAGGUUGAUCAAAAUAUUGUCCUUAAGGAGAGACAAGUCUCAGAUGCAUCAAAACCACCUGAUGAAAAUCCCAAGGAGGAGCCCCUUGUUGUUCGGUUGAAGGCACGAAUGCAGGAGAUGAAGGAAAAGGAGUUGAAAUACCUAGGCAAUGGAGAUGCCAAUUCACAUAUGUGUAAAGUAUGUUUUGAACAAGCAACAGCUGCCAUUCUUCUUCCCUGCAGGCAUUUUUGUUUGUGUAAAUCUUGUUCACUAGCUUGUUCCGAGUGUCCAAUUUGUCGCACAAAGAUUUCAGAUAGGCUUUUUGCGUUUGCUUCAUGACAUUGCAGCUCAUCAAAAUGAGGGCUUGUCGACGUUCUCCUGUUGGCAAUAUUGAAUGCAACAGCGGAUGCAAUUCUUUCAUUAGUUUGAUGUAUGUAAUUGUCUAAAAGGUAUAUGAUAUUGUUUUGGUCCUCUUCCUUUGAGGCUGUAAAAUAAGAUUGUGAUUAAAGUUUUACCAAAAGGAAUGGGUACAUUCCAAACCUCGGCUGUAAAAAUGGAGCAGAAUGCUGUGAUCUGUUUCAAUGUGUAUAGAAACAAUAUACGCUUCCAUAAGAAGCAUUUCCCCUUGAAUCUAAGCAAAUAUUAGUUCCUUGUUUC